AUGGCCAAGCUAGUAGUACAAGUCAUCGACGCCGCCGACCUCAUGCCCAAAGACGGCCAAGGCUCUGCAAGCGCUUUUGUUGAGGUCAAUUUCGACGGCCAACGCCAGCGUACCCAAACCAAAAUCCGAGAUCUCAACCCGGCUUGGAAUGAGACUCUCGUUUUCAACGUUGAAGAUCCCAGAAAUCUCCCGUUCUCCACUAUCGAGGUUACUGUAUAUAAUGAUCGGAACCCCAAUCAUCAGAAAAACUUUCUUGGUCGUGUUCGGAUAUCUGGCGACUCUGUGCCUUUGUCGGAGACUGAAGGGUUUGUCCAGAGAUACCCACUUGAUAAACGUGGAUUGUUCUCCAAUAUACGAGGAGAUAUCGCUCUUAAAAUCUACGCCGUUCAGGGUCAGUUUUCUUCAAAUCUACCGCCACCGCAACAGCACCACCAUGCUCGUCAUGAAGAUGAUUGGAAUGAUCAUUUCAAAAGUACCAAACAGGUCCCUGUAGAAGCAGAAAUCAACAACAAUCAUUUUCCUUUCGAAAACGAGUACAAGGAGUACGACGAUAGUGAUGCGAAAAAGAAGAAGAAUAAAGAGAAACAAAAGGAAGUCAGAACUUUUUUCUCCGUCGGCACCGGCGGCCACGGAGGCGCGCCACCACCGGUCCCGGCAGCUCCACCUCCGGUCACCGUGGAAAGCAAAAGCAACUUCAUGAGAGCUGGACCACCAAACAUGAUGCAUAUGCACCAGCAGUUCCCGGGGCAAAAACCACCACCGAAUUUCGGAUUAGUGGAGACACGGCCGCCGGUGGCGGCGCGUAUGGGGUACCGUGGAGCUGACAAGACGGCGACAACCUACGAUCUGGUGGAGCAGAUGCAUUUCUUGUAUGUAAACGUCGUUAAAGCCAGAGACCUCCCGUCGAUGGACGUCACCGGCAGCCUCGACCCAUACGUGGAAGUGAAGCUCGGAAACUACAAAGGCGUCACAAAACACCAUGAGAAGAAUCACCACCCUGUCUGGAACCAGGUUUUCGCAUUCUCCAAAGAACGAUUACAGUCCACCAUUCUCGAAUUGGUGGUGAAGGAUAAAGAUUUAAUUACAAAAGACGAUUUCGUCGGAAAAAUCAGAUUCGAUAUAGUCGAUGUUCCAACUCGAGUCCCGCCGGAUAGUCCUUUAGCUCCUCAAUGGUACAGACUGGAAGACAAAAACGGUGUAAAAGUCAGGGGAGAAAUCAUGCUCGCUGUCUGGAUGGGGACUCAGGCCGACGAAGCCUUCCCCGGAGCAUGGCACUCCGAUGCUCAUGGCAUUAGUCAUCACAACCUCGCAAACACACGAUCAAAUGUCUAUUUUUCUCCAAAAUUAUUCUACCUAAGAAUUCACGUCAUCGAAGCUCAAGAUCUCAUCCCUGUGGACCGGAGUCGGCUCCCUGAGUUUUACGUCAAAAUAAACCUCGGAAGCCAGAUGCGAACCACCAGAAUCUCACAAAUCAGAAGCUUGAAUCCUUCUUGGCAGGAGGAGUUAAUGCUCGUCGCCUCUGAACCAUUCGACGAGUUUCUUAUAAUCAGCGUUGAGGAUCGAAUUGGGCUGGGAAAAGACGUUUGUGUCGGCAGGACAAAUGUCCCCGUUCGUAGAAUUCCACAAAGAAUCGAUUACAGAAAAGCUCUGGAACCUGUGUGGAUUGACCUCGGGAGACCCACCCACUGGGACGAUGAUUCCGAGAAGAAGAAAGAGGUCAAGUUCGCAAGUAAGAUUCAGCUCAAAUUAUGUUUAGACGCCGGAUAUCAUGUUCUCGAUGAAUCCACCCAUUUCAGCAGUGAUCUACAGCCGUCUUCCAAGUUUUUAAGGAAACAAAGCAUCGGAAUCCUCGAACUCGGAAUCCUAAGUGCACAAAAUCUCCUUCCUAUGAAGAUUCGAGAGGGUCGUAUGACUGACGCUUAUUGUGUCGCUAAAUAUGGUAACAAAUGGGUUCGAACCCGGACACUUCUCAACACACUAACGCCUCGCUGGAACGAACAGUACACCUGGGAAGUUUACGACCCGUGUACAGUCAUCACCGUAGCCGUCUUUGACAACUGCCACAUCAGCGACAAAGACGAGUCACGCGACCAACGGAUCGGGAAAGUUAGAAUCCGGUUAUCCACUUUGGAAACGGAUCGAAUCUACACACAUUACUACCCGUUAUUGGUUCUAACACCCAAUGGUUUAAAAAAACACGGUGAGCUCCACUUGGCAAUCCGGUUCACCUGCAUGGCAUGGGUGAACAUGGUCGCUCAGUACGGGAGACCACUGCUCCCCAAAAUGCACUAUGUUCAACCGAUUUCGGUUAAACACAUCGAUUGGUUGAGACACCAGGCGAUGAUGAUAGUGGCGAUUCGGCUCGCAAGAGCCGAACCGCCACUAAAAAGAGAAAACGUCGAGUAUAUGCUCGACGUUGAUUACCAUAUGUGGAGUUUACGGAGGAGCAAAGCGAAUUUUAAGCGGAUCAUGUCGCUUUUGUCGGGAGUCACCGCUGUAUUCCGGUGGUUGGAUGGGAUUUGUCAAUGGCGGAAUCCGUUGACCACCAUUUUGGUACACGUUUUGUUUGUGAUUCUUGUGUGCUACCCAGAAUUGAUACUUCCGACGGUGUUUCUUUACCUUUUUGUGAUCGGACUUUGGAAUUACCGAUUCCGGCCACGGAAUCCACCGCAUAUGGAUGCGCGGAUAUCUCAGGCAGAGGUGGUGCAUCCUGAUGAAUUGGAUGAGGAAUUUGACACGUUUCCAACUUCACGGCCGAAUGAUAUUGUGAGGAUGAGGUAUGAUCGGAUGAGAAGUGUUGCCGGAAGAGUUCAGACGGUGAUUGGGGAUAUGGCGACACAAGGGGAGAGGGCUAUGGCGUUGCUGAGCUGGCGAGAUUCUAGGGCUACAGCGAUUUUUAUAAUAAUUGCUUUGGUGUGGGCGGUGUUUUUGUAUGUGACGCCGUUUCAGGUGGUGGCGGUUCUGUUUGGACUUUACUGGCUCCGGCAUCCGAGGUUUAGGAACAGGAUGCCGUCGGUGCCAUUUAACUUUUUCAGGAGAUUGCCUUCCAAGUCUGAUUUGCUUCUCUAA